AUGCUCCAAGAUAUUGGAGGCCCAGUCCCUCCUCACACCGAUCACGCAGUCAGUGUUUCCCUUCCGACAUGGAAAGUCAAUGUGGCAUACGAGGAAGGGGAGUCAUGGGUUAUGGAUAGAAUGAAAUGCGGCUACCCUCGGUUUUUCAUACACCCCAUUAUCCAGGAACUCGCGCGAGAAGUUGUGCGUCGCUACGGGAACUCAGAAUCGGAAACCGCCAUGUUGUUCCCAUCUCCAAAGACUGCGGGGGGCUGCUGUUCGUUCCUCCUGUCAAAGAUACCGGCCGAAGAUUCCUGCAAAGUCCGAGUAAUAGAUUUCGGUCCUUCCCGUCAGAUUGAUGCCGUAAUAUCUACUACAGAGUUCCUGUUAUCCUGCGUGAUAUACCCCAUUCAAUAUGCCCCAAUUGCCAAACAGGUAUGGCAACAUACGGGCAAUGGCAUAUCGAGUAGACGCGCUGAGUUCUGCCUGAGUGCACUGGAGUCUGGAUUCUUGACAGAUAAAAAAGCAGGCAUUUUUGACACAACGUCACCGAGAUUCUGCAAAGGCCCUAGAAGAUAUCAAGGACGGGACUUGAUAAGCGGAAAGCCUCAAGGAUGUGGAGCACAGGCGCAUGAAUUCAUCCCAGGUACAAACAGCUGCAUACCAGAUGGCCGAGAACAUGAUCAGUUCAUUGAAGAGCGAUUUGGUCGCAACUUGAGCAUUUCGCUUGCUGGCCAGGCAAAGUUGGCCGUACGCCGACGAAUAGCAGGUGUUCUUACUGCCGAUGUUGAGCUCAGUGAAGCUCUUGAGGAAGAAUCCGGAGAAGGCCGUGUCGCGGGGCUAAUAGAGUCUGAUGUAUACCUGUUUCCGACGGGAAUGAGCUCUAUAUUCAGCGCUCAUCAGCUGUUGAUGUCUGCUAGGGGCGAGAUGAGAAGCAUAUGCUUCGGGUUCCCAUACACUGAUACGCUCAAAAUACUACAAAAAUGGGGCCCGGGCUGCCUGUUUUAUGGAAAUGGUUCGUCUGAGGAUCUUGAUGAUUUGGAAACAAGGUUACUAAAGGGCGAGCGGUUCCUCGGCCUUUUUACUGAAUUCCCAGGCAACCCCUUACUGAAAGCUCCCGAUCUGAAAAGAAUCCGAUCACUCGCCGACAUUUAUGAUUUUGCGGUCAUAGUCGAUGAGACAGUCGGGAACUUCCUCAAUAUCAAUGUGCUUCCCUACGCAGAUGUUGUUGUUAGCAGUUUAACCAAGGUUUUCAGCGGAGACAGUAAUGUCAUGGGGGGAAGUGCCGUGCUUAACCCACAUGGACACUAUUAUCGGUCUCUAAAAGAUACAUGUGCGCGUGAAUACGAGGAAAAUCUUUGGGCAGAAGAUGCCGUUUUCCUAGAAAGAAAUAGCCGCGAUUUUGUGUCGCGGAUUGACAAGAUCAACAAUACUACAGAAGAAAUCACAGCAAUGUUGAAGAGUUCCCCACUCGUGAAAAAUGUUUAUUAUCCGAAAUAUAACCCUUCAAGGCCAAUCUAUGAGUCAUUUCGUACCCAGAACGGAGGCUAUGGUGGUUUAUUUUCUGUUACUUUUCAUUCCACGGCAGAGGCCGUUGCUUUCUUUGAUCACCUUGAAGUACACAAGGGCCCUAGUCUUGGGACCAAUUUUACAUUAAGUUGUCCUUACACUUUGCUAGCGCACUAUAGUGAGUUGAAAUGGGCCAGCUCUUUUGGCGUCGACUUUGACCUGGUAAGAGUAAGUGUUGGGUUGGAAGACGUGCCGGAUCUCCGCCAUCGGGUGCAGCAAGCAUUGAAUGCUGUUGCCCAAGUCAAUAAAUAA